CUUCUUCCUUCAUUGAACACAUUUACUUUCAUUGUUCAACUUUCUCGCAUUAUCUUCCACCAAUUUAACCCUACUUGCACACAUCCCUGUAUUAAUUCCUACCAAUGGAUUUGGAAGCUGUGGCAGAAACAGUUGAAAAUUCUAAUGAUCAAAUAUCAGCAGCAUUUGAAAGCAGUUCUAUUGGGGAGCCAAAUGUUGGUAUGGAAUUUGAGUCAGAGGAAGCUGCUAAGAACUUUUAUGAGAAAUAUGCAAAGCAUGAAGGGUUUGUUGUUCGCCUUGAUCGCUGCCAUCGUUCUGAGGUUGACAACCGAAUCAUUUCACGCCGUUUUUCAUGCAAUAAGCAAGGUUUUCAUGUGAGGGUUAGAAAUAAAACCAAGCCUGUUCAUAAACCAAGGACUAGCAUAAGAGAAGGUUGUGAAGCCAUGAUGUUGGUUAAAGUUAAAUGUGGGAAGUGGGUGGUUACUAAAUUUGUGAAGGAGCACAGUCAUCUACUAAAUGCUUCUGGUUCUCCUUCAUAUAGUAAAAUGAUUGAGUCAAAGGAUAGGAUAAUUCAACAACUCACAAAGGAACUUGAGUACCGAGAUCGAUUAUGUCAGCAAUAUCGCAGACAGCUAUUCUCCCUUCUGGAGACUGUUGAGGAACAAACAGAAAGUUUAUCAAAAAAUGUUGAGCUUGUUGUUAACAAUAUAAGAAAUCUUUAGAAUGAAGUGCAAAAACCUUAUAACACUGACACUUCCACACAGGAUUUGUUAGAAAGCAAUAAUUUUUGUUUCAUCUUUUAUACUAACUUGGGUCUAAUGUAAAGGAUAGCAAUGAAUAGGAUUUUGGAGAUGAUUUGGCAAAAAGUAUCCAUUGUAAGCCUAAUAGAAUUCAUGCUACUUGAGUCAGAUUCAUUAUUACAUUGUUUUUCUUCUGUUAAUAAUGGAUCA